AUGUCUGAUGCAGCUCUUGGAGAAGUGAUCUUCUCGUCAGUCAAGCCUAUCAUACGUAUGUAUAUGAUCAUAUUGACUGGAUUUUUUCUUGCGAGGACGGGCUAUCUUGGUGUAGCUACCUCCCGUGCCAUCAGUGAUUUGGUUCUUCUCGUGUUUAUGCCUGGUUUGAUUUUCGAUAGGGUUGUCAGUUAUAUAUCCAUUGAUGAUAUCAAAACUAUCGGCGUCAUCGUGUUGUCAGCCGUCAUCCUCUACGUUCUUAAUGCUGCCGUUGCUGGUCUUAUUGUGCUGUUUACACCCGUUCCCAAAACAAAAAAGUAUCGUUGGGUGGGUGGAGCUAUGUUGGCUGGAAUCAUGCAGAACGUAUCCGAUUUACCGAUAGCCUAUUUGCAGGCCAUGUCUAUGUUGACUACUGAACAGUCGGAGAAGGGUACAGCCUAUGUCAUUAUUUGGUUGGCAAUGUACGUGAUGGCACAGUUUAACUGUGGUUUAUUUCAGCUUGUGGAAUUGGAUUUUAAGUACAUUAGAUCUCAUGCUGACGACGAAGAAGAAGAUUUAGAUCAUGAUCAGGAGACUCAGAACAGUAGUUCGACCACCAGAGCAGAAAAGGAAUCCCAUCAGAAAGUCAGUGAGAGCGAGGGAACCUCAAGUGGAAGCGAGGGUACUAAGAACAAAUCCUCCCAACCUGAGAAACCUCAACAAAUGCCCGAUGCUUCUAUAUCUAACAUCGAGUCCGUGUCCAGUCUUUCCAGUAGCGACACUGACCCAAUGCAGCAGAAGACACAAAACUACUCCGGUGAGAAGUCCGACCACAAAACACUUCCCGUUCCUAAAGCAUUACACCCUAUUAGCAGGGUCGUCUCCAUGACUGAUUCUGAUAUGAUACCAGUAUCUCCGACGUCUACACUAUCAGAGGCUUACACACUUGAAACGGAAAACUCGAGAAUACAUCACCGAAGAGGUUCUUCGUCACUGGAUCCUCGCUCGUUGGUCAGAAAAACCACUUCUCGUGCCAGCAAGAUGUUUUCGCCGACUGUUUCGCAUCCCACUGUGUCCAAAAUUCCUUCUGCUAGAAGCUAUAAUUACCGUGAUGAAGAGAUGCCUAUUGAUGCAGAGUUAGAUCCAAUUUCAUUGUAUGAAAGUGACACGAGAAGCAAUAGAACUAGAAGAAGUAAGCCAGAAUCUUUGGCCGAAGGAUUGAUUAGAGAGUAUUCUCGUGCGGAACCUCACAAUCAAAACACCUCAACGAUGGCUAACAUCGUUACGGAAACGCAGUUGAGCCAUAAAGAUAUCGAGGAUGUGAGUAAAAAGCUUCCAUUGGCAAAGAGAUAUAAAGUGGUUCGUUAUUUUCUUUUCUUUGCGGCAAAUUUCAAGAAACCUAAUUCCAUCGCCUUGGUUGUCUCCCUUACUGUUGCAUUGAUACCUUGGUUGAAGGCUUUAUUUGUAAAUACAGGAUCCGUUACCGUUGCAAAUGCACCAGAUAAACAGGCUCCUCUAUCGUUCAUUCUCAUGUAUGCCGAUUACAUUGGUUUACCCUGUGUGCCUAUAGGCUUGCUGCUUAUAGGCUCGAUUUUGGGACGUUUGGAGGUGUCUCAGAUACCACCAGGUUUCUGGAAAUCGAUCUUAUGUGAGACGAUCUACAGAUUGUGCAUUUUACCUAUUAUAGGUAUUCUUUGGGUGAACAAGUUGAAGGCUAUACAUUGGUUAGAUGAUCCAAUGGCCAUGCUUGUCACAUGUAUUGAAUUUGCGUUGCCGAGUGCUACCGUUCAAAUAUACAUUACCGCCAGUUGCAUGAAGCCAGGAGAGACAGAAUGCGCUCCUAUGAAUUGCUUGGCUUUGUACAUUAUCUCUCAGUAUGCGCUUUUGGUAGUCUCAUUACCCAUCGUCGUCUGCUAUACGAUCAAGGAUGUCAUCGACUUUUAA